AUGAGCCCUGGUGUCAGUGAUAGUUCCAGUGACGAUGAAUUGGAGUCUUUCUUGGAAAAUAAUGUUAACAGAAACGUUGAACGUAUCAUAACGAGAAAAAGUCUUCCUCAGCAGAGAGAUCUGUUUGGCAAAGCUCUUCCCAAUCAGACUCCAUACUAUGAGGAGGUUCAAACCAAUAUAACAUAUGGCCCUACUCAUCAUGAACUGAACAUGGACAGUCUUGGUACUUACAUUUAUCCAACAAAUUACGAGGUUCGUGAGUACCAGUUCGACAUCGCGAAAACGGCCCUCUAUGAAAAUGUGAUUUGUGCCAUUCCCACGGGUACAGGUAAAACCUUCAUAGCCAGUACGGUUAUGUACAACUAUUAUAGGUGGACCAAGAACGCGAAGAUAAUUUUCACGGCACCCACACGACCCCUGGUGGCACAGCAAAUCAAAGCAUGUUUGGGUGUCACUGGGAUUCCUCACAACGACACUGCCAUUCUGUUGGACAAGAGCCGAAAAAAUAGAGUUGAAAUCUGGGCAUCCAAGAGGGUCUUCUUCGCAACACCACAAGUAGUAGAGAACGACUUGAAAAGAGGUGUUUUGAAUCCCAAAGAUGUGGUCUGUUUGGUCAUCGAUGAGGCUCACAGAGCACGAGGCUCUUACUCCUACGUUGAAAUUACAAAAUUCAUGGACAGAUUCAACACCUCUUAUCGCCUCUUAGCAUUGACAGCAACGCCAGCUGCCGACCUAGAUGGAGUUCAAGAAGUAGUUGAGAAUCUAAACAUCUCACGGAUUGAGCUGAGAACUGAAGACGAUGCAGAUGUUUCUCGAUAUAUGAAACGCCGAGACAAAGAAGAAAUCGAAGUCGGCUUACUGCCCGAAAUAGAAGACCUCAUAGAGCAGAUUGGACUGGCGGUGACACCUGUUCUUAAGGAGGCUGUAGAACUGGGAAUCUACGACGACUGUCACCCUUCGCAGAUAAAUGCAUUUGUCGCCUUGCAAAAAAGCCAAAAACUCGUCGCUAAUCCUUCCAUUCCUGAGGGCAUCAAGUGGAGGAACUUCUUCAUCCUGCAAUUACUCAGUCAUGUCGGGCAUAUGCUGAAAAGACUCAAGAUUUAUGGAGUACAGUCAUUUUACAAAUACUUUGAGAAUAAGCAUAAGGAGUUUACCACCAAAUACGGUUUAGGAAAAUCAACUAAUAAGACAGCAGCGUCCUUUUUCUACAAUCCGAUUUUAAAGAAUGUGAUGAAAACGUGCGAACAUCUUCUAGCAGAUCAGAACUUUCUAGGCCAUGAUAAGCUGCGACAUGUACGAGAAGAACUCAAAGAUUUCAUUCAAGAAUAUCAACCUAGCUCAAGAGUCAUCAUUUUCACAGAGUUGAGAGAGUCUGCGCUGGAAAUCGUGAAGAACAUUGACUCCAUGCAAAUGAGCGACCUCCGACCGCACAUUUUCAUAGGCCAAGCUCGGGGUAAGGAAGGAUUUGAUGAUGAAGAGUAUAAGAGAAAGAACAAGCCAAAGGGAAGGAAGAAAGCUGACCGAUUACAGCGAUUGAAAGAAGAGAAAGCGCGGGAAGAAGAGAAGAAGAAGGAAAAGGACCAGAAACGCUUGCAAAGAAUGUCAAGUCGUACUGGAACAUCAGAAGAAGCACAGAUAACAGGUAUGAACCAGCGACAGCAGAAAGAUGUCCUCCAUAAAUUCAAAACGGGAUUGUACAACGUUUUGGUAUGUACAUCCAUUGGCGAGGAAGGUCUUGAUAUUGGAGAAGUCGAUUUGAUCAUUUGUUAUGACGCAACCGGUAGUCCUAUAAAGAACAUUCAAAGAAUGGGAAGAACGGGGAGAAAGAGGGAUGGUAAGAUAGUCUUACUUUUGAGCGGCUCGGAGAGCAAAAAGUUUGCUCAAGCCAUGGAGGAUUAUGCGGAGCUUCAACGGAUAGUAGGCCGUAAUUGUCUCGAGUUCAGAGAAUCCGACAGGAUCAUUCCCUCAAAUAUAAAUCCAAUCUGUGAAAAGAAGUUCAUUUCUAUAGGAGAGGAAGAAGACGAGCUUAACAACAUUGAAGACUCGGACGAUGUCAUAAAGUUUGCGACCCAAUCGAUGAUGGGGAAGUUGGACAUUCAAAAAAACAAAAAGACGAGAAAAACCAAAGCGGCAAAAGCAGCGGAGAAGAGGUUUUUCAUGCCAGAUAACGUUCAAACAGGAAUUGUCCCAGCCAGGAGUAUGGUCAACAAGUUCGCAUAUGAUCCUAGCGGCAAGAAACUUAAACUUGAAAAGCUGGAUCCUCCAGUAGAUCUCAAGCAUCAAGUUUUGGACGACAUAGUGCUCGAGUCUCCGAUUUCAUCGCCGAUAAAGCCUGAAUCCGAGGUGUCCAGUCAACUUGACUCAGUUGAAAUGAGCUCAAUACUCGCGCGUCAUAAAGUGGCUGCUGGUAAAACGGCCACGGCUGACACAGAAGACACGCCGCUGUUUUCAGAUCUUCCCCUUUCAGCCUUGAAGCGGCCCGCCAGCUCCACCACACCUGCAAAUUCUUCUGACGAGGCGAUUCCACCCUGUAAGCACGCUAAAAUUCAUGGACACCCAUGGAAUUCCCUUGAAUAUAAUGAGGCAUCCAUACCUCUGACAGCGAAAAGUCAGGAGAGCGUGGGGUUCGGAGACGUUUACAAGAGCACAUUUAGGGCACAAGACGGACUUCUGAGCACUCAAGAGCGUCAGUACUUCGAGGACCACUACUCUGCACUUUGUGGUGUAUGCAUAGAACCAGUUCCCGACUUCCGCCAUAAUGUUAAAACUGGCCUUUUACCUCAUUCAGCAAAGUCAGAGCGACUGAUAACUGCAUUUAAAAACAUGGAUGAUAAUACUAGGGAAGGUAUAAUGACUAUGAGUAAACAUAAAGCCAUAGCCAACAGACUGGAAAGUUCAGGACUCGAUCAUGAUCCCGUACAACUUUCUUUGCCGUCUCCUGUAGUUAACAACGCUGAUAUCAGACACAUAACCAGUGGCGCACACAACAAGUCGUCGUAUGAGGGAUUUGAAGCUCCUCUUUUUACCAGUAACAGAGCUGAGAUCUCGGACUUCAUAGACUCAGAUUUUUCGGAUAUAUAG